UCCUGGCAAUAAAAGUCACAGUGUAAGGGGCGUUACUCUAUAGAGAAGCCAAGUGUCAUUACAGAAGCUAAAUACUCCACUUGCCUUCCUUCAGCUCCCCUGCCUUCACCGUAUAAGCUGUGGUCAUGUCCAGGAACCUGCUGAAGAAUCCCAGUGGGGAAGAACAGCUGGAGUUCUGGGAGCUGACAGAGAACGGCGGGUGCCAGUGGAAGGUGGAGGACAUGCCCGGAGACUGUGGUUACAACCUUUGCAAUGAUGAAGUGACCAAGUACUUUGUAACUUCCUUUGAACUGUGUCUGAAGGGACAGGUGAUCGACUUGUUAGCGGAGGGGUACUGCUGUGAACAGCUGGAUGCGCAGCCUCCUGUCACAGUGGAAGACUGGUACUCUGGGAGGCAAGACUGUGGCUGCACUUACCAAAUCUUAGUGACUCUGCUAGAUGAGAAUCAUGAAGUCAUACAAGAGUUCAAACGGGAGGGUCUGAGUCUCAACCCCGACUGUGAUGACUGCUCGUGGAAACAGAUCAGCCACACAUUUUCUGAAUACGGCCCCGGAUUGCGUUUCAUCUCCUUUGAACACGGAGGACAAGACGCCAAGUACUGGGAUGGUUGGUAUGGAGUCCGGGUCACUGGGAGCUCUGUUACUCUUGAGGUCUGAGUGAGAGGACAAAAAGUGAAAGCCAAAUGAAAGAGUGAGGAAUACUGGUAAGGUGAAGGAGGAAGGGGUGGGACAGAAAACUAGAGUAAUUAAAGUGCUGUAAAGGACCACUUUUGUCUUAUGCACCUGCUGUAGCUUAGACCUCAGUAUAUCAUUGACUGCUGUUGAUUCUGUGUAAACAUACUGCUGCUAGGAGCACUGUAACUACAGUAUAAACACGGUAAGGGAGUUCCAUAAGCUGUUGCUGGAAUGCCACAAAACACUAGCAUGGUGGCAGUUUGGCUUUAUUAACCUUAAACCUUAAUGCUACUGCUUGCAGCAUAGUCAUUAUUCAUAAUGUAUUAACUGCUACCUCUACACAGUGGCACAUCCUCAGGUUACACUAAAUUACUUGUUUGGGUGUAGGCGUUGUGACAUCAAGUGUUACCAUUAAAAUGGGGAUCAGAGUGAUGAAAUAAAUUGGAACUGUUAACACUGAA